AUGAUGCUCAAGCCGUUUACGCACCCUUGGGGUGAGGGCCUCGAAGGGACGCCGCUCAAGAUUAUCUCGAUGAUUGGCGCCUGCGCCGGGUUCCUCACGUUCGGGCUGCUGGCCCUCUACGAUCAAGGCAUCGCCAAUGCCCUGACGCAGAACCCCGACUUCUUCAAAACCAUGCCUCGCCUGGCAGACGAUACUACUGUCCUCGGUACCGUCCUCGCCCUCUUCGUGCUCGGCGCCAUGUUCGGCUGCUUGACGAUGAGCGCCAUUGGAAACAAGUACGGACGGCGACCCCUAAUCCUCUUCGCGACGGUCACAACGCUCGUCGGUGCCGGAGGAAUGGCAGGAGCGAACGGCUUGGCGUGCUUCUGCGUCAUGCGAAUUGUCAAUGGUUUCGGGGUCGGUAUACUCACCAGCAUCGUACCAACCUACGUCGGGGAGAUCUCGAAGCCCAGGAUCCGCGGAAUGAUGAUGAGUCUCGAGCUGGUCGCCGCCGCUACAGGACUCGCAACUAGCUUUUGGGUAGCAUGGGGUUUUCGUCAUGAGAAAGGGCCCCUCGGAUGGCGCCUCAGUAUCGCGAUCCAGGCCUUCAUCCUUCUGUUCACCCUCGUGACGAUGCUCUUUGCCCCCGAAUCGCCUCGAUGGCUUAUGGAGGCCGGCCGCGUCGAGGAAGGCCGCCGAGUUCUCGCCCGUCUCCAUGGCCAAGCCUUCGCCGACGCCGCUACUCUCGAGAUUCAGGAUGCUAUCGCCGUCGAGCACGCCGCUCAGCGCGGGAAGGGAUACGCUGAGUGCUUCGCGAACAACGACCAAUGUUUCCGCUACCGCACCUUCCUCGCAAUCGGCGUCAACGCAGCUCAACAGCUGACCGGCAUCAACAUGGCGACUUACUACAGCGCCAACAUCCUUAUCAACUCGGUCGGAAUGACGCCCGACAAGGCUGUCUUCGUUCUAGGAUUCCUUGGCGUUGCAGGCUGGGUCUUCAUGCUCGGAGGCGCAUUCGUCCUCAUGGAAGGUGUUGGUCGCGUCCGGACGAUGAUAAUAGGCGCAGCUGGAUGUUGUGUGGGCCAAAUCCUGCUCGCUGCCGGCGUAGCGCACCAGGAGUCGAAGGCGGCGGGAUACGUCGCGACCGCUGGUCUCUUCUUGUUCCUGUGCAUCUUCUCAGCCACGCAUCUCCCAACCGCUUUCGUCUACUCGAGCGAGAUCGUUCCUCUCGCCAUCCGCACCCGCUCAGCGACACUCGGAGUUGCUGUACAGUACAUCCUCAACUUCGUCGUCGUAAUGGUCGUUCCCACAGCCAUUCCAGGCAUGGGAGGCUGGGGCUUCUACGCCUUGUUCGCCGGAAUCAACGGCUUGAUGGUACCAGUCCUCUACUUCCUGUGCCCAGAGGUCUCAGGCCUUACUCUGGAGGGCGUAGACGAACUCUUCGCUGGAGGCAAGGUUGUCAUGAGGCGCACGGUCAAGGUCGACGACAACGGACGCAUCGGCGGCAAGACGCUGCACCAGCUCGAGGCGAACAAGGAGCAGGGCUCGUUCGAGCACGUCGAGAAGGUGGAGUCUGGCUACUGA